AUGUCUCCACACGUUUCACACUUAGUAUUUUUAAUUCUUAACCACUUGACUCACCACUCCCUCUUACCCUCAGCACGGCGGAAGAACUGUGUCUCCGCGGCCGAGGGUUCCUCCGUGCUGCUCCACCAGAGCAACCUGACUCGACUGACGGCGCACGCCAUCCACCACGCGGGCUACCACCUGCACCUCGUGCAGCACAUAUCCAUAAUGGACGCACCAAACCUAGAGCACAUUGUAGUUGAAGAUCUAACCAAGAUGCCGAAUCUCCAAUCUUUGUUCAUAACGCAGGCGCCGCGCCUGCGCCGCGUGCCCCCCUUGCCCCCCCUGCCCGAGCUGCGCACAUUUAUAAUCACGACUUCAGGACUAGUCGAGGUUCCCAACCUGAGCCACGUCCAUGACAAGACCACGUCCUACCUGCAAGCUGUAGACCUGGAGGGCAACCACAUCGCGCGCCUGCCGCCGCACGCGCUGCGCAUCCGCGCUGACCAAGUAUCACUCAACUACAAUUUGAUAGAGGAGGUGCCAGCAUUUGCCUUCAAGAAUGCACAAAUAUCGAAGCUGAGUUUCAGGGGCAAUGCGAGACUGAAAAGGAUUGAUGAACAAGCCUUUGCGGGAAAUUUACUCCUUAGACAACUGGACCUCAGCAGCACCACAAUAACGUCACUGCCAACGAAAGGACUGGAAAAAUUAGAAAUAUUACGAAUAGAGAAAACGCCCACACUGAAGUAUAUCCCGUCCAUAUACGAGUUUCAGAACUUGGAGAAAGCGUACCUGACGCACCACUUCCACUGCUGCGCGUUCGCGUUCCCCGAGCGGCACGACCCCGCCAGACACGCGCUGUUCGAGACACAACUGUCUAUCAUGGCCGAGAGAUGCGACAAUAGAGAUGGGCAGUCCCCAUCACCCCCCGCAUCGAGGAGGCGAAGACAGCUGGACUCAAUCUCAAAAGAAGAGUCAACAGAAGACGGCGACGACCCUCCCCCACUAUCCGAGCAAUCCGAGGAGUACGUGUCUGACAGCGGCAGCUUCGAGGACUACGAGCAGGGCGGCUUCCACGAGCCGGUGAACGACACGCGGCGCGGCGGCGCCGUGUUCGCCGAGUGCGGGAACCUUAGCUUGAGCCGUCGCCAAGUGGAAUGCACUCCCCAGCCGGACGCUCUAAACCCCUGUGAGGACGUGAUGGGGUGGGCGUGGCUGCGCGCCAGCGUGUGGUUCGUGGUCGCCGCCGCCGUCGUCGGCAACCUCGCCGUGCUAUUGGUCCUUCUCUCCAACCACAACGAGCUCACUGUGCCGAGGUUCCUCAUGUGCCAUCUGGCAUUGGCUGACCUCUUCACCGGAUUAUAUCUGUUUAUGUUGGCAGUCGUCGACCUGAGGUCUUAUGGGGAGUUCUUUAAUUACGCUUAUGAUUGGCAGUACGGGGUUGGAUGCAAGAUUGCAGGGUUUUUGUCUGUGUUUUCGGGGCAGCUGUCAGUGUUCACACUUACUAUAGUGACGUUGGAGCGAUGGUUCGCGAUAACCUAUGCUAUUUAUUUGGAGCGCCGUAUUUCUCUGGCGUCCGCAGCUAAAAUUAUGACUGGCGGAUGGGUGUUCUCUUUCAUAAUGGCAGGGCUACCGUUAGUUGGAGUAUCUGACUACUCUUCGACCUCCAUCUGCCUGCCAGUCGAGAGCGAAGUGGUCGGCGAUGCAAUCUACCAGGGGUCCUUGUUUAUGACUAACGCCUUGGCUUUUGUCACGAUAGUCAUAUGUUACGUGCAGAUCUACAGAUCUCUAGGCGGGGGAGGGGAGAGCUACGGGGGCAGGGGGGCGGCGGCUGCGGCUGAACGGAAGAUUGCCAACAAAAUGGCUUUGCUAAUCGGGACUGACUUGCUGUGCUGGGCGCCUGUAGCGUUCUUCGGAGUGACAGCCCUAGCAGGGGUACCAUUAGUCGACGUCAGUCACGGGAAGGUCCUCAUAGUGUUCUUUUAUCCUCUAAACGCGUGCGCUAAUCCGUUCCUCUACGCUAUUUUAACGAAGCAGUACAGAAGGGACUUGCUGACUCUGAUAGCGCGGAGUGGGAGGUGCAACUGGGUGAUAGAGAAGUACAAGCUGGCCACGACGCCGCCCCCCACGGCCCACACUCACGCCUCCACGCCUGGCACGAUGGUGCCGCUCGUUGAGUCCUCUUAUAGAAGGAGUCAGUCUCAGACUACUAAAGAAUCUAAUCUCGAAGAAGGCGCGUCGGCCUUGGUCUAGUUUUAAGUCUGUUUGUGUGGUGGGGAAACCCAUGUGGAUAUUAUUUAUGUUAGGUAUGUAAUUAUGUAAGGAUGUUUUCAUAUUUAUAGUUUAAGAAUGUUGAGAAUGAAUGUGAAGAGUUAUUUAUAAAACAACAAUAGUCAAUAAAUUAAUUGAUUUAUUUUA